AAGCCACACAACAUCGGUUGUAGAUCAGUCAAGAUGAACGGUCUUGUCUUCGUUUGUAUCUUGCUUGUAGCCGACUCUUGGGCGAAAGUGGCGGUACCAGUGCCACGCCAUCCUUCGGAGGAUCUCAUCAAAGGAGCUGAACAGCUGUAUAACAGUAGAAUUAUCGGAGGAAGUGACGUCACAAUCAGCGACAACCCUUGGCAGGUCUCCCUACGAUCCAUUUUUACUGGCCAUAUUUGUGGAGGGGUCAUCCUAAGUUCUACUACUGUUCUGACCGCCGCUCAUUGUGUCACUGGAGGUUUUUACUCAGUGAGUUACGGCACCGGGCUUACCAGCAGUGGAUCCACCGUGCAAGUCACGAACAUCAGGAGUCAUCGAGAUUACAACCCAGAUUCCACCACAUUCGCUUUUCCGAACGAUAUUGCAGUACUGACAGUUCAAGAAAUGAGUUUAGGCGGUAACGCCCAAGCGAUCAGUCUGACUUCUCGAAGUAAUGACGAGUUAGUUUUCGCAUCAUGUAGGAUCACUGGAUGGGGAGUCACCGACACAGGCAGUCCUUCCACAACCCUUAAAGGGGCGAAUAUGAAUGUUUUGACGGACAGCGAAUGCAUGGAGACCUGGGGAGGAAAUAUAUGUCCCGAAUGUCAUAUUUGUGUCUAUGGGGACGGUGAACGUAGUGCAUGCAAUGGAGACAGCGGUGGACCUUUGGUUUGCGCAAAUGGAAAUGAGAUGGAACUUGUCGGAGUGACGUCAUGGGGGGCGACGAACUGUCCAGCGAAUUAUCCGUCAGUCUAUACUGAGGUUAGAUCCUACACGAAUUUUGUGUUCAAUUAGGAUUCAAGCACAAUGGCAAUGUUGAUCAGCUUCUUUUCAAAGAUGUAAUUUGACUAAAAGCCAAUAAAAUUCAUGCAAACUCAACAAA